AUGGAAGAAAAACCUUAUCAUAAAACUCGCUCCGAAUUGAGUGAGCAUCAAUUGACUUCUCUACGCGGUGAAGAACGUUCACUACAUAUGUCGUGGUAUUCUACUAUCUAUACCAGAGUUCGUGAAUAUUCAAAGAGUAAUCCAAUCCGCGGCUUCUUCCUCACUCGUCUGCUCAACGCCCUUCUGGCGGCUCAGUUGGUCGGACUCAUGUACAGUUUCUACAUAUAUAUAGCUAUUGUUUGUGGAUAUUUUUUACAUUCUCCCUUACAAGCCACUAUCUAUCUAUGUGUUUAUUCGUCAUUAGCGUUUAUGGCGCUCUGGAGUCUCUUUUCGGCUCUGACUUUUGGCGUGGCGAGGAUUCCUCCACAUUGGAUGGUACCGUCAGAGGUGGAUGUCUUACUCAAACAAUGCACUCCUUUUGAAAAUGGAAGAUACGUGGUAGAUAAGUCGACUCCUGAGCAGACAGUGAAGCAACAUCGGAUUUUGACUAGAGUGGCGGCCCAGCUGGGAGUUGUGCAGGCUGAAUGCGAUCAGCGGAAGAACAAGUACUGUUACAUAUGUCAGACGUUGAAGCCCGACCGAUCUCACCACUGUUCAUCAUGCGGUCGAUGUGUGGUCAAAUUCGACCAUCAUUGUCCGUGGAUUAAUCAGUGUGUUAAUCAUAACAACUACAAGCCGUUUCUACUGUACAUAUUCUACAGCACACUUCUUGUCAUCUGGUUCUUGCUGACUUCGAUCGAGUGUUUCAUUAGAUUCAUUGUAAACGCUAACUGGAUGGAAGAUGCCAUCCCUCUUGUUCUACUGAUUACUGUCAUUGCCACAUUUGGAGUGUUUGGGUAUUUCCCUCUCGGAGAGAUGCUAAUCUUCCAUUACGGGUUGCUUUCAAUCAACGAGACUACAUGUGAACAGGCGAAGCCUGCUGUGCUUAAAUUUGAUUUCAAAGCAGACUACAAUCUAGGCAGAGAGAGGAACUUCCAGCAGGUUUUCGGAUGGGGACUGUGGAUGUUUCCUUUAAGAACUAGUCUCGAAGAUGGAAUGCACUUCGAAAUA